AUGCUUGUGAGAAUUCGGGAAGCGACGCAAAGAUGUAGUCAGAAACUACAACUGACACUUGAAAAGGAAACUGGGGAGGCUGCGAUGGAAGAAGCUGCACACAUGGAGGAACUUGCCGCUUAUGACACACAAGCACAUGUCCUAGAAGUUCAAGCAACCUUAGAAGAACAAGCGCAAUUCAACUCCACCCAGCAGCUAAUCUCCGCAGCUGACAAGUAUUUUCAGGAGUCUUUGGCCGCAGCGCAACUGAGAACCAAAGAAUUUAAAGCCAUGUCUAUAAGAGAGACUGAAGAAACGAAGCAGGAAGUCGAAGCCCUCAAAAAAACACUAGAUCAACACUUAAGCAAAAUAAGGGAAACAUUCGAAAAGAGCACGGAGGAUUUGAAGCUGCAGUGUGAAAGAGAGUUAAAGGAGCUCGAACAGUCUUUGGAGCUCCAGGAGCGCGUUUCUAUCCACGAGGUGGAGGAGUCGAAGAACUGCCACAUGAAUAAACUGAAGGCAUUUAACCAGGAAGCUAUCAGCAAGCUGAAGGGUUAUUUCGAAGAGAUUACUAGAGAUAAUCUGCAGCUGGUUAAGAAACUACGUGCUGAGAACGAACGAACAGCUGCAGAUAACAAAAGGCUGAAGAAAGAAAUAGACUAUAUGGCUGCUCAGAAUGCAAAAAUUCGGGAGCCUCUUCAAGAACAGGAGGCCUUAAAGGCUCGGCUGAAGGCGCAGCUGCGCUUUGCAGAAAAGGACAGGCUGGUUUUACGCAACCUUAAAAGGAGAAAUAAAGAGAUGGAAGAAAACAUAAAGAACGUUCGUUUGCAAAUUCGGGAGCUGGAGCAUCAAAAGAAAGUCAUCGGCCGCACCAUCGGGCAAAUGCAGCAAAGCAUCCGGCAGCUGCAAGAAGAAAACAGCGGGGCCUCAGCAGCUUAUGGAGCUUUGCUGAGGCUGCAGGCGACGGAAACUCUGGCAAAACUGGAGUCGAGCUUCCGGCAGAUACAGGAGUCGCAGGCUAGCGCUCACUUCCCUCCAGAAGCCUCCAAAGCCGUUUGCCAGAUGAUCCAGCAAGCCGUUGCAGACCACAGCUGCUGCGAGCGCGACUUAAGAAAAGAACUGCGCAGAAGCAUCGACGCCUACAAUGACAUGGUGGCCUUCAUGCGGCACCGCCUGGAAGAGCUGCGAGUGCCUCAAGUCUACAUAAAGGCCGAGUUGCUGCCGCAGCCGGAUGAGCCAGCAGCAGCAGGCGAGCUGGAGCCCCCAGCGGCGCCUGGGGCUUCCCAUGAGCCCAGCCUUGCAGUUUCUCGCCAAACUUCUGGCCAAAGUUCGGAAGAAACGGAGGAAAUGGAAGAUAAAACGGAUCUCGAGGGCCUCGCCGGAGGCGCAGCUCAAGAACCGGAAACAACAAACUUGAACUGCUCAGCUCACCCCGCUGGAUGGCUGACUACGCAGCCCUGUGCACAAGGGGCCAACAACAUCUACCUAAAAAAAGCGACACUGCAGCGAUUUACAAACAACGCUGCAUGCAUCUCGAAAUAUUUCCCUUAA